AUGGACAGAUACGGUAUAAAUGAAAGUGACAUAAAAAGUUUAGUUCAAUCAGUUCUAGAUCAAGAAAAUAUUAAAGAUGGAAAAAUUACAAUUAAAGGGACCACUGGAGCGGGUGAUGGCUAUACCGGCAUAGUAAUAUUUGUGGAUGCAAAUGGUACCAAGGAUGGUGAAAAAGUUACGUUAAAUUUGGCCGUAAAACACAGCACUACAGUUAAAUCGCAACGCGAUGUUAUGCCAAUCAAAGGGAUUUACAAAACAGAAUCUACUGUUUACGAAACCGUCAUCCCUAAGUACCAAAACUUUUUAAAAGAACACGACCUACCGCUCCUGGAUAUAUUUGCAAAAUGGUAUAAAACUGAGAUAAAUGAAGCUGAUGAAACAAUGGUUUUUGAUAAUUUGAAGGCCCAAGGCUUUGAAAUACACGAUGUAAAAAUUCCUAUGAAUUUAAAUCAUUUAAGAUUGCUUUUGGAUAAAUAUGCUAGAUUCCAUGCAACAGGGUUUGCUUUUAAAAUAAAAAAACCGGAUGAAUUUAAAAAAAUUGCAUCCAUACUCGACGAGCCAGUAUAUGAGUUAAAUAAGAUUUUAAUAGAGUAUUUUAAUACAUUCAAUGAACAUUUACAAAAAACGUUAAGAUCAUUGGAUGAACUUGAAUUGAUUGAUAAAGUUAAGAAUAUUUUAUAUGAAGACUUGCUAUUAAAAUAUGCCCAUGAUAAGCAUUCCAUUGUGACCCAUGCUGAUUGUUGGAACAACAAUUUAAUAUUUAAAUAUAAGAAGUGUAAUAAAGACGAACCAGAAGAAGUAAAACUUUUGGACUGGCAACUUAGCUCUGUGGGGAGUCCUAUGAAUGAUUUAAUACAAAUAAUUUUCCCAGGAUUAUCUACAGAAGAGUUAAAACAUGUGGACGAUUUAAUUAAUUACUACUACCUCCAAUUUUCUGAAUAUUUAAACAGCAUGGGAUGUGACGUUCAGGAUGUGUAUCCAAAAGACGAAUUUAUGGAAGAUUGGCACUCAUACGCAAAAUAUUCCACUUGUUAUGCCCCUACACUUUACGCAAUGGCGGACAAAGAUAGAAUUGAAGUGGACCUAAGUGACAUGAAUAGUAUUAUCGAGGCAUUUGAACCUCCAAAGGAUGACCAAGUUAAAAGAAGAACAUUGGAGUUGGUGAAAUAUUUGGCAGAUAAAAAAAUUAUAUGA